AUGGCUUCCUCUCCUCAGAAAUCACCGUCCUCUCCUAAAUCCCCGACGACGCCGAAAUCCCCGUCUUCUAGAAAGAAAGACGAUUCUUUCCUCGGAAAACUUGGUGGGACUCUGGCGAGAAGGAAGAAAGCUAAAGAAGUGUCUGAACUUCAGGAAGAGGGGAUAAAUGCCAUCAACCUUCCUCUCAGUCCCUCCCAUUAUGAGCUCGACCCUGAGGACACCAUGCUAGAGGAAAAUGAGGUACGAACCAUGGUGGACCCAAACUCCAAGAACGACCGUAAACUGCAAGAACUUAUGAAGGUGUUAAUCGACUGGAUAAAUGACGUUCUUGUGGGUGAAAGGAUUAUUGUGAAAGAUUUGGCUGAAGAUCUCUAUGAUGGACAGGUCCUGCAAAAACUAUUUGAAAAGCUAGAAGGUGAGAAACUCAAUGUGGCGGAGGUGACACAAUCAGAAAUUGCACAGAAGCAGAAGCUGCAGACUGUUUUAGAAAGGAUCAAUGACUCACUUAAACUCUCCACAAGGAAUAUUCGGUGGAAUGUUGACUCUGUUCAUGCAAAGAGUAUAGUCGCCAUCCUACACCUGCUAGUCGCACUGUCACAGCACUUCAGAGCGCCGAUCAGAUUGCCGGACCAUGUUUCUAUUCAAGUAGUUGUGGUCCAGAAAAGAGAAGGCAUUCUCCAGUCUAGACAAAUUCAAGAGGAAAUCACUGGCAACACAGAGGCUUUCUCCGGAAGACAUGAGCGGGAUGCUUUUGACACCCUGUUCGACCAUGCUCCAGAUAAACUUAAUGUUGUCAAAAAGACACUGAUCACAUUUGUGAAUAAGCACCUGAACAAGCUCAACUUAGAGGUGUCCGAAUUGGAAACACAGUUUGCAGAUGGUGUUUAUCUGGUGUUGCUGAUGGGUCUGCUGGAGGGAUACUUUGUGCCACUUUACAAUUUCUUCCUCACGCCUGAGAAUUUUGACCAGAAGGUACAUAAUGUGUCCUUCUCAUUCGAGUUGAUGCAGGAUGGAGGUCUGGAGCGACCAAAGCCAAGGCCAGAGGAUAUAGUGAACUGUGACCUUAAAUCAACCCUCCGCGUGCUGUACAACCUCUUCACCAGGUACAGGAAUGUAGACUGA